AUGUCCGACGUUUAUGUGGUGGUGCACCUUGCUUCCACCUGUGAUGACACUGGAAUCUACGUGCCUCGUGAUGCCUGCGAGUUGAUCGAGCUUUCAUGGACUACAGUAGAUGCCAAAACUUUGCAAAUGCUGCCGCGAGAAUCAGUCUUGGUGAAGCCCACAAAUACACCUGUUACCCCAGCGUGUCAACAUAAAUACAACCUCACAUGGGAAAGUGUGAAGGACGGCUUUCUGUUUCGGGAUGCCAUCGCCGAGUUCAACAAGAAGCUCAUGAAUACGAUCGCUGGCAAAGAUUUUUCCUUUGUCACCGUGGACCUCCAUAGUCUCCGUGUUCUGCUUCCCAGAGAAGCACGGGACAAAUCGGUGGUUUUGCCCGUGUAUUUGCAGCACCCUCGUGUUUUUGAUUUGUUCAACGAAUACCUGAAGUGGCAGUCUACCCAUCCAGAAGCCAUGAGCUAUCCUGGUUCGUGCUUGAGCAACAUCAUCACUGCUUUGGACGUUUCUGUUCCAUCUUCGUGGAAAGAAGAUGGACCAAACGAUCUGCAGCUUACGGUGGAGGUGUAUGCUAACGUAUUGGCCCUGUUGGUGAAGAAAUCCUUACCUCUUGAAGCCCACCCGCUGGUUUUAACCAAGCCAUACGACUCUGCUCAUGACGCAAAGAUCUUUUUGGCCGAACGGUCGAAAAUCCUUUAUCUUUCAAACUUACCUCCCGAAACGACGCAGUCCGAGCUUGAAUCGUGGUUUACACAAUAUGGUGGCCGUCCUGUUGCAUUUUGGACUUUGAAAAAUGUCGAUGCAGACUCGAAAUCUCAAGCCAACAAGGCCAAGGGAAUCUCGGGGUUUGCGGUUUUUUCUAAACACGAGGACGCAGCAGACUCGUUGUACAUGAAUGGGCGCGUGUUGAACGACCGUGUGGUGGAAGUUCAGGCGUCUUCAACCAGGGUGCUAGAUCGCGCAUCUGAGUUGUUGACCCCAUUCCCUCCUCUGAAAAACCGCCCUAGACCAGGUGACUGGACGUGUCCUUCAUGUGGAUUCUCGAAUUUCCAGCGCAGAAUUGCAUGUUUCCGUUGCUCAUUUCCUGCAACAAGUGCCGUUGCAAUUCAGGAGCAGAUGUACCCUAGUUCUAACAAUGUGUCUGGAAACCAGGAUCCGUCUCAUACUAACAUGAGGCGCAACAAAAGUGACGACAAGCAAGGGUCUCCAGCUUUCGGUGGAUACCAGGACCACUAUCUGAAUUCUCACCACGCAUUGAAAAAUGGAAAUGGGUACAACUAUAAUCAUGGAUACUCCCAUCAGAACGGUGGCAAUGGCCAGCGCCAGCAUUUUGGAAACUCUGUUCCAUUUCGGGCAGGAGACUGGAAAUGUACCAAUGAAAGCUGUCUCUACCACAAUUUUGCCAAGAACGUAUGUUGCUUGAAAUGUGGUGGUGCCAGACCAUCAUCUGUCAAUUCGGGUCAUCAUAAUGGACAUCACUCUAAUUCUUCUGGUGGAAAUUCAAAUAACACGGGAAAUGCUAACGGUCAUAAUGGCAUCACUACGGCAUCAGCAAAUUCUGCAUCGGGACGUGGAACUGGGUCUGCAGCCACUGCAAUUGCUGCAGCCACUGCCAGCGGGCAAUCCUUGAACCUCAGCAACUUUCUAAACUUGAGUCUGCCUCAGUCUAGACAAGGCUCGCAAGCUGGGUCGUCACCUUCUCCCAUCCACGGUGGUGGCCUCUACUCUAAUAUGACACCUUUGCAACAAUUCCCUUACGAGCAACAAGGAAAGCAAGCAGGAUCAUCUCAAUUGCCGCAACAUUUGGCGUUGUUGCAAGGCCAAGGCCCUGUAUCGCACUCUAAUUCGGGUAAAUCUCAAUCAUCCAGCAGCUCGCCUGGUUUAUACGUUCAAAAGCAGGGCUACCAAUACAGAGGCACAAACAACUCUUCAGAGAAUGGUGUGAACUUGCUCAGCAGUCAAAUCAGCUCUUUAAGCUUGCAAAACUCAGGCGUUUAA